GGCGCGCCCCUCCCUCGCCCUCCCGCCAGCCAAUGGCGGCGCUCGGGGCGCGGCCUCCGCCAAUGGGCGUGCCGGGAUCCGCUAAGGCCGCGCGGCGGCGAUGGCCGAGGGGGAUGAGCCGGCAGCCGCGGCGGGAGGAGGAGGAGGAAGGCGGUGAGCGGCGGCGGCGGCGGCGGCGGCCCGGUGCAGCAGCAGCCGCCGUGGCCGCCCCCGGCGGCGGGAUGGGCUCGGCGCCCCAAGGCCCCCCGGCAGCGCCGGCCGGAGGCGAGCAGGAGGAGGACGGCGACGACAGCGGCGCGCGGAGCUCCCUGGGCGGCGGCGGCGGCAGCGAGGGAGGCGGCGGCGAGCGGCGCGUCGACAAGUUCGGCUUCCUGGUGGCGGCCGAGGCGGGCGAGGGAGCUCCUCCGGAGGCCCCGCUGGAGGAGGUGCCUCUGGAGGUGCUGAGGCAGAGGGAAUCCAAGUGGCUGGAUAUGCUCAACAACUGGGACAAGUGGAUGGCCAAGAAGCACAAGAAGAUCCGGCUGAGAUGCCAGAAGGGAAUCCCACCAUCUCUGCGGGGUCGGGCCUGGCAGUAUCUCUCAGGAGGCAAAGUCAAGUUGGAGCAGAAUCCUCACAAGUUUGAUGACCUGGACUUGGCCCCAGGGGACCCCAAGUGGCUGGAUGUGAUUGAGCGGGAUCUCCACAGGCAGUUCCCUUUCCACGAAAUGUUCGUGUCUCGUGGAGGCCACGGGCAGCAAGACCUGUUCCGUGUGCUGAAGGCCUACACGCUCUACCGGCCGGAGGAGGGCUACUGCCAGGCCCAGGCGCCCAUUGCAGCCGUGCUCCUGAUGCACAUGCCUGCCGAGCAAGCCUUUUGGUGCCUUGUGCAGAUCUGUGAGAAGUACCUUCCUGGCUACUACAGUGAGAAACUGGAGGCCAUCCAGCUGGACGGGGAGAUCCUCUUCUCCCUGCUGCACAGGGUCUCGCCUGUGGCGCACAAGCACCUGAGCAAGCAGAAGAUCGACCCCAUCCUGUACAUGACAGAGUGGUUCAUGUGUGCCUUCUCCAGGACUUUGCCCUGGAGCUCGGUGCUGCGUGUCUGGGACAUGUUCUUCUGCGAAGGAGUCAAGAUCAUCUUCCGGGUGGGCUUAGUCCUGCUGAAACACACCCUGGGUUCUUCGGAGAAGCUCAAGUCCUGCCAAGGGCAGUACGAGACCAUGGAGCAGCUGAGGGCGCUGAACCCCAAGAUCAUGCAGGAGACUUUCCUCGUCCAAGAGAUCAUAGAGUUGCCCGUGACGGAGCGCCACGUCGAGCGGGAGCACCUGAUCCAGCUGAAGAAAUGGAAGGAGACCCGUGGAGAGCUGCAGUGCCGGUCCCCUCCCCGCUUCCACGGCGCCAAGGCCAUCAGCGACUCGGAGCCCUACUCCCGCAAGGCCUUGGAGCCUUCGCCCUCCAUCAUCCUCCCCCCUGGAGCCAGCCUCUCCCCCAAAGGCCGCAAGGGCAAGCUGCCGAAGGGGGAGAAGAGGAGGGAGGACCCUGGGAAAGGCGGCUGGACCAACGGCCCCAUCCCCGAAGAGAACGGCACUCAGACGUGGCUGGAGCCAGAGUCGUCGUCUUCCCUCCUCCACCAGUCCAAGGAGAGCCUCAGCUCCCGGGAGAGUGAGGACACUUACCUGUAAACGUGGUGGCUCUGCGUCCCGGACCCCGGUCUUCUCUGGAGCGGCCAGGUCUUGGCAGCCCGCAUGGCCAAGCUGUGCCCGCCAGCAACCCGUGGUCACGGGUGGGGAGCUGGGGAUCCUGGGGGCUAGCUGUUGCCAUGUGGGCACCUGGGUAGGCUAAGAUGGCAAGAGCUCCCUGGCUUGUGUCUUCAGUUGUGUGCAGCUCCAUGGCCAACAAGCAGGAGCCCAGAACACUUGGGUGUGUGUGUUGGGUAGGAAGGAUUCUUCACAGACUAGGUGGGGAUGUUGCACUAGCCCUGCACAGGAUGUGACCAGGGUGGGUCAUGCAGGUAUAGGAUCGUUCUUCCACACAGCCACUCUCACCCCUCUUGGACAUGCUGCUUGGUGCGGUCUGGGCAGCAAGGCAUUGGUGUGAAUUCUGAUGGGGGUGGGCAGAGGCUGAGUUGUGACCAUGUCCACCAAUGGCUCCCUUUCUGUCCCAGUGGACCCAUCCAUUCCUUGACCUCUUGGCAAGCUUAGCUGUCGGUCGGUCUUCUGUUAGUGCAAUCAGGUUAGUUCCACCCAGUUAUAGGGUUUGCAUUCCAUCCUUGCUCCGUGGGGCAGCUUUGCUGCUCUCAGUUCCUUGACGUUGCCCUGAGGCAAGGGUCCCUCUAGGCCAGGAGUAGGCAAACUUGGCCCUCCCAGUAGAGGCUGGACUUGUUCCUUGCAUUUAGGCUCUCCAGACGAGAGGAUAAAAGGCUUCCUUUGGCUUCCCCUACUACUUUGGGCCUUGGGGGGUCAUGAUUCCUUGCCCCGAGCUGGGAGGGCUAGUUCUGUGUGUUCGGCCUCAUGCAUAGGAGCGAGCAAGCUGUCUGGGACCUGUGUUUUCCCGGCAGCCCGGAUAACUUCUCCCACUGCAAACGAGGGGCCAGUCAAAUCCAGACGCCAGCAAGCAGCAGGGAGUGGAAAGGGACAGAGCGCUACCCUGGCUGCCUCGACCAAGUUCUUGCAUUUAUUAUGCUGUAUAUUAUGGACUUAAUUUGUACAUUCCAGGCCCGUUUCCUUCACAGAGAUGGUUGCAGAAAUGGGAUCCUUUCCCCACGGGGUGUGGGGCUCGGGGCCAGGGCAAGCCAUGCCUGGUGUGAGUCUCGGCUUGAGCAGUUGGUUCCGCUCCAUCUAUGCACCUGGCGCUCUGACCUCCUCGGGAGCAGGGCUGCCUCUUCUCCAGGACACUACAGUCACUUUCUCAGCGCCCGUCUCCCUGGGGGCACUGCUUUCUCCGCCUUCAGGAGGUGGCGGCGAUUCACCGACUCUCCCCGUCCCCUGGUCCUGGCUGAAGUUAAAGCUGGGAAACGGCUGGAAGGGAACACGAUUCCGGCCCCCGUUUGUGGAGCUGCUCCUCUCACUAAUGUUGAGCUGGUGCUCAUAGAAUGAACUCCAGGUUUCAAGGUGCACAGUGUGGCCACCACCUGCCUUCCCGCUAGCCCAGGGGUUGCUGGACUACGACUGCCAUCAUCCCUAGCUGCAGUUUGGGCUGGGACUGGUGGCAGCUGUAGUCCAGCGACAUCUGGGGGCCUGAGCUUCAGCACCCCCCAGCUAGCAAGGGCGCCUUGCAGGUCCCGAAGGUGCAAGAAAGUAACCUCUGCCCUGCAUAUCCCUUCCAUGGCUUGAUCUGCUACCUAGGGUGGGAAUUGGGGGGCGGAGGGGGCACCCUAGCACUUGCUGUCUCUUUCCAACAGCCGAGCUCCCCAUACCAUCGCAACACAGGAGCGUGUGUGUGUGUGUCUCUCUGUGUGUGUGUGUGUUUGGGUGGGGGAGGCCGUUGGUUUUCUCCUCCCAGUGCCAGAUUCUGACUGGUGGGUGGUUUCCGUGUGCCCACGCGUGGAUCUUAAAUCAAUUGCUGAAAUGGUUUUGUACGAAAGGCAGAAUAAACCACAAUUAUCUAAA